AAUAUUACGGUAGUUGCUAGCUGAUUUCAGAGCGUUUCAGGCGCACUUUUAGUUUAUUUUUUAUGAAUGUUAGAAUUGAUGUGGAAAGUGUGUGUUGGGCUGGAAUAUUUUUGAAAAACGGAGCAGUGCAAGGAACGCUCAACAAGAUAUAAGCACCGUUUUUGUUCUUUCUUCCCGUUUCCGUUUUUGGUUCCGGGAAAAUUGCAACGCCCCCGCAUUUUGAGCAUAUUGCCGGGCUCUUUUCCCCUUUUUAUUUUGCCCACAUUGCGUUGCAAUUUCGGGGCUCUUCGCAUAUAACGGUCCUUUUUCACCGCCUCUUUCACACACAAGAACGGGGGAAAGAAAGAAGAGAGAGAGAGAGACCGCGAAAUAAUAUACGUGUGGAACUACGGUACUUUUACACUGGUGGCCGUAAAAAGUGAAAGUCAGCCUAAAUAUUUAAAAAUCCUGAAAUGAAAUAAAGUGUUAAUAAAGAAUUAGUAAAGCCUAAAGCACUAAGCAGCGAUUCGUGCCGAGCAAUUUUUUAUACCCAAAACUCGAGCCACGAUAGCCCCCCAAAUAAACAAACUCUAUGUUCACCACCCGAAUAACCGGCGAAAUGAAGAUCUUUGCCGCCGAUGUUGCCGAGAGCAGCGCAACAGCGGCAUGCAACACGCCCGUGCAGCAGCAGCAGCAGCAACUCGAGUUCCGUUCGCGAAUGUCCAACGGAUCGCCCGGUUCCAAAGCGGGACAAUGUCAUCUGAAGUUCGGCAAGUACAACAACAAGACGGCCAAUCUGCUGCGCCAGGUAAACAGUUGUCACAGCAGCAACAGCGGCAACAACAACAGCAGCAGCAGCAACCUUAGCAGCAGCAACAGCGAGGCCAAUAAGGGCCAGCAACAGCAACAGCCACUGCACUAUUGCAACAACAGUCACUCGUGGGCACGCAAAAAAUACUUUGGCAACGUCAGCAGCAGCAGCAGCAGCAGCAACAACUUGCAACAGCAGCAACAACAGCAGCAAUCUGCGUACUACCAGCGACAGCAGCAGCAGCAGCAGCAACACCAGAUUCAGCAGCAACAGGAUCAGCAAUCUUUAAACAACAACAAUGUGCUGAUGAAGAAUCAAAAUAGCAUACAACCGCUGAUGCCAGAUUGCAAGUCCAGCGACAGCAACAACAACUGCAGCAGCAGCAGCAACAGAAUGUCGGCAAAGCCAGCCAAGUGGCUAAGCGACAGCAACAACAGCAGCAGCAGCAACAUCAACACCAUUAGUACUAAGAAGCGCAACUCAUCGGCGGCAGAGGUAAAUGCAGGAUACUAUCGCAAGGUUUCGGAAUCUGGAAACUCUGUGGAAGCUGCGGCCGAGAUGAGGGAAACGGAUGCAGCUGCAGCAACAGCAACAGAUGCCUGCCACAACAGAAGUCCUUCGACAGCAGAGACCACUGGUAGGGAAACCUCCUUGGCUAAGACCCAGGAUCCGGAACAGGAUCAGACAAAUCAGGCGAAACAGCGACCCAGGCAGCAACCUCUCAGCUUCUGGAAAACCAAUUACCCGCAGCCAACCGCCAGCCAGCUGAAAGAUAAGGAGACGGUUGCAGCAGUUGUAUCAGCCGCCGCAGCCGCUGCCUCCGAACAGCAGCAGCAGCAGCAGCAGUCGUUGUCGUUCGAACACCGGCGCAACUCGGGCUACCAGCAGCAACACCAGCAGCACAACAACUACUAUCAAUAUUACUAUUCACAGCCCAAGCAGUUGACCAUUGCCUCGUUCCUGCAGAAGGAACUGCUGCCCGAUAGUAGCGGCGAAAAGGCCAGUAGCAACAGCAACAGCAACAGCAGCAGCAGCAACAGCAAUCUCAUCAGCAGCAACAGCAACUACUCACGGCAGCAAUAUGGCCAUCAAUCGGUGGGUUCUGGCUACCAGCAGCGCUACCGCAAUGCUCAGAGUGUCUACCAGCAAUACCAGCAGCAGCAUCACCAAGCACAGCAGCAACAUUCCCAUCAGCAGUUCCGUCGGAAGCACGGCGACAACAGCAACAGCAGCAGCAACCAUGGUAGUGGAAUCAAUCAGAAGAAGAUGCACUACAGCCCCACGGGAAAGAAUGGUGAUCCCGUGGAGAGAUCCUCGAGAGAUCCUGGACAGCAGCAGCAGCAGCAUCACCAUUUACACCACCAGCAGAAGACAAUCGAGAUCCUGGCCAGCAGCAACUUUAAUGCCAUGCACCGUCGCAUGCAGGGCGGUAAUAAUAACAAGAAUGGCUACUAUCAGCACAACAACUAUCAUCCGCUGGCGGGGGAAAGCGGCACCACGCCCACUCGUUCGGAGCACCAGAACAUCUACAAUCUCACCUACGUGCAUGUGGACAUGGAGGCAUCAUCCUCGGGAGCAGGAGGCGAUGCAACACCGGUGGUCAAGCCGAGCAUUUCCAUAACGCCGGCUGCCUCUUCCUCGGCGGCAGCCACCACGCCAACCACUGUGGUUGCUCCUCCGCUUCCACCGCCGCAUCCACGUAACAUGUUUGGGCCGCCACCGCCACCGCUGGUAAUGCAGCUACAUGUCUCACCGGUCAGCACGCCAACGCCCACCAAAAUGAUCAGUUGUGCCCAGUUGGACGAGGCCAUUACGUCGGCGGCGGCGACGGCCAGUGGUGACCAGAACUUGGCCACGAGUCCUGGCUACAAUCAGGCUGCAGCUGCGGGUUCCUUUAUAACUAUUCCGCCGCAGCAACAGCAGUCGUCUCAUCCACAGCCACCGCCACCGCCGCCGCCGCUGCCGCAGAUGUUCCACUUUCACUUUGCCGAGGGGUUCUGCAAUCCGGUAGCUCCUCCGGGACCUCCUCAUCCGCCCGUUUGGCCGCAUUCAGGUUCGCCCUGCUACCAGGUGCCAGCAGGUACUUCUCCUCAUAAUAAAGAUGUGAGUGCUGCGGUUGGUUUGCGGCCCGUUUCGCCAGCUCUUUCGUCCUCCUCGCUGGGCAGCGAGUCGCAUUGGAGCAGUCGCUUGAGCCACGGAGGUCAUGGAAGUCACGGAAGCCAUGGAAGUCACCUCUCCAUUUCGCCCACUCCCAGUGCUCAGUUGUCGCCGCAUCCGCUGCAGCUAGCCAACCACCAUGGGCAUCCCCAUGGGCAGAUGAAUGGGCAUGCAAUGAGCUCGUAUUUGCCGCACCGACCACCACCUCCUCCACAUCCUCAUGCGGCCAUCUCAUCGCCGACGCCAGGCGCCACAGGUUCGGCUCCCUGGUACGAGCUGCUCCUGCCACCCGAUCGCUACUUGGCCCAAGCCCGCAACGUGGAGGUGGCCGUCCAGCCGGAGAAGCUCAUUUGCAUGUGCAAGUACGAUAGCCUGUCGGCGGAGAUCUGGAAGAGAUUCCGGGCAGCCCAGCAGACGCACAAGAAGUUCAAGGUGAAGAUGCGUCUCUGGCGGUACCUCUUCCUCUGGAUGAAUCAGCCCAUGUUUGAGCGGUACCGCAUCUGCCUGGUGGGCUCGACCAUUACGGGCUUUGGCACGGACUCCUCGGACAUCGACAUGUGUUUGCUGCCCGAGCAGGGGGCACAUCCUCACCAGCAGCAGCAGCAGCACUACCACCAGCAGCACCACCACUUCCACAACGAAAAGCGCACCGAGGCGCUGAUCAUCCUCACUUUGUUCAAUGCGGUCCUGAAGGACACGGAGGUCUUCCAAGACUUCAAUCUGAUCGAGGCGAGAGUGCCGAUUUUGCGCUUCAAGGACGUCACCAAUGGAAUCGAGGUCGAUCUGAACUUCAACAACUGCGUGGGCAUUAAAAACACCUAUCUGCUUCAGCUCUACGCACAACUGGAUUGGCGGACACGACCGCUGGUGGUGAUUGUGAAGUUGUGGGCCCAGUACCAUGAUAUCAACGACGCCAAACGCAUGACCAUAUCGAGCUACUCGCUGGUGCUAAUGGUCCUGCACUAUCUGCAGCACGCCUGCGUGCCCCAUGUGCUGCCCUGCCUGCACACUUUGUAUCCGGAGAAGUUCCAGCUGGGCCAGCAGGAUUGCCUUGACCUAGACCUCAUCGAACCCAUCGAGCCCUACCAGGCGCUGAACAACCAGACGCUCGGCGAGCACCUGCUGGGCUUCUUCAAGUACUACAGCACCUUUGACUUCCGGAACUAUGCCAUCUCCAUACGAACUGGCGGCGUGCUGCCGGUGGCCACAUGUCGGAUGGCCAAGAGCCCCAAGAACGAUGUCUACCAGUGGAAGGAGCUCAACAUCGAGGAGCCCUUCGAUCUGUCCAAUACGGCACGAUCCGUCUACGAUUAUGCAACGUUUGAGCGUGUGAAGGGUGUCUUUCUGGCCUCGGCACGACGCCUCGAUCACACCCUCGAUUUGGCCACCGUCUUUCGGCCCAUUCGACCACCCGAGACCUUUUCCCAACAGCAGCAGCAGCAACUGCCCUAUCCAAAUCCCGGCCAGCAGCGGAGUGCAGGAGGAGGAGGAGGAGGAGGUGCCGCUCCAAUGUCCAGCAAAUUGAUCCCAGAUGCAGCCACAACCUUUGCCGAAGCGACGGCAGCGAAUGUCGCUUAGUUACUUGCAGAAAAUAUGAAGAAAAUCAAAGGAUAUACAAAAGAAUGUCCAAGAAUGUUAGAGAAUCAAAACGAGAAACCUACCUCAUAAAUGAAAAUUCGAGAGGAGCAAAAAACGAGAAACCAAAAUUGCAAUAGAAUUUCCAUUUGAAUGCUUGCCUAUCUUGUUAAAUGUUAUUAUAUUCAACUAUUUAUACUUUUAUACACUCGAUUUGUUUUAUCGGAUCCCAAUUAAUCAUUGUAAACAUCCACGGAGGUUAAACGGUGUGCGAUGUUCGUGUCCCUCCUCCUGUGGCGUGUAUGUAGUAUCCUUUUGAAAAGCGAAAAUGUCACCCGAAAAUGUAAAAUUGCAAGUUCUGUAAAAUAAAGUAACAACAACAGAUGUUCCCAAUUAAA